AAACAAUUGCAACUACCAAACGACCCUUUAGAAAACGUUGGAGUACGUAUCACGGUCGCAUGCAAUAAUAUCUCUCUCACGAUUACAGACGUAAGGCCAAGUCCAAUGGGUACCUCAUAAAUGACGAAGCCGCCAUUAAUGGCAAAGUGAGCGCUCCAAUGCAACUGUUAAAAUGACGAGAGGCGCCAUUUAUAGGGAUGUUCAGCAAAAGCAUCGGCAGUUUUGGGGUUUUGGGGGAAAAUAGCGAUGGCGUGCGGCGACGCACCGCUCGGGCUGGCGGUUGCCGUGCCCACCAGCUAAAUAUAUAUAUAUAGUAGCUACUUCAGUGCACUCAUAAAAAUGAGUGCGUUCAGUGCACCCAACUCAAAAACUAGUCUUAAGGUGUCGGAUUUUAAUUUUUUUUUUGUAGAAUUAGUGUAAUAUAAUGAGAUAACAUAUGAUAACAACGAAUUAGCGAUUUAUCCUAAGCCCUAGACCUCCAAUUUUGAGUUCUAUCCUAAACCCCAAAUUGUAAACCCUAACCCUAUCCCUAAAUCUCUAAACUCUAAAUCCUUCAAAUUGAAGUAAAUCUUUAAUGGUUUUUGUGCAAAUUCAUGUACGUUAUUGUUCAUCGCAUCAUAAGUAAUGAUUGACAUCAUUUUGACAUAAAUUGCAUGUUUAAAAUGACGGUUAUGAAGCGAGUGCACUGAAUGCACCAAAAAAAGUGAGUGCACCAAAGACAUCACCAUAUAUAUAUAUAUAUAUAUAUAUAAUUGGUAAUUAGUUGAUUAAUUAAGGAGAAUAAAUGCUUGUUUUUUGUCUCGGAAUUAGGGUUGUUUGUAACCUAUGAUUUGUAUCAAAUUAGUUCAAUCAUUUUUUUUCCAAAACAAAUUGGUCUCGGAAUUUAAAAAAAUUCUAGCGCAAAAUUUGUUAUUUAAAAAUGAUGACGAACUAUAAAAAAUUAAUAUGAGCAAAUUAUAUUAAGACUUCCAUAAUAACAUUUUCAAGUAAAUAAAAAACAGGAAAAAAGAGAUCCCUAAAGCAUUGAAACAAAAGAGUUGAAAAUGGAGAUAAUCCCCAAAUUUGGCGACUAGGACUUAAGCCUAACAAACUCCAAUGGGCCCAAAGCGUCCAACUAGCUAACCAGGAUUGGACACCUAAUUACUGGCCCGCUGUCAUUACUAUAUGGCCAAUACUACGGUGCCGCGCUAAAAAGUGCGGCACCAGUGACACCAUUUUUUAUUGGAUCACGUGGCGCUGAUGUGGCGGUCUGGGCUGGCUAAUGAACAUUGGUCCAAAGUCUGGUGGCCCAUUAGAACUAGUCCAACCGACCUCUCCCAAACUAACGGAAUUCAAAUCUCCGUCCCUUUAUUCUGUAUUUGCUUUUCAUUAAAGUAAUUCUUUUGUCUCUUCUCACCCAAAAAAAAAAAAUUUUGGCUCCCUCUCUGGCCGGUCGGCGGUCUCUAUAAACCAAUUUGGGCGACUUGUCCGUCAUCGACCCAAUCUCCAGAGGCGAAGGAAUCCGACGUCUUCGUGGGCCUUUGUCUCCAUCGAUCUUUUUCGCCGGCAUGGUAUCCCAAAUUCGAGAAUAAGUUAAAUACCUUCUGUUAGUCUUCCCAUAUAGCGAAAAAGAGGUGGCUGCUGGUGGUUGUUCCGCUUUGGAUCAGUUUUCGCCUAGAUAAAUGAAAUCGAUCGUUGCUCCUCUGAUCGUUUGCUGCUUCCUAGUCUGUUGUAAAUUUUCUGAUACUUGCUGCUACCUAUAGAAACCUCCAAGCUUUUCGAGUAAAGGUCCUUGGUGUAUCCAACUCGGCUGUGUAUGCUUAAUGUCCCACCGAGUCACCAACGACACCAACCCAAUCGAGAUAUUUCCUUCCUAGCUACGGCGCGAUCCGCUGCCUGUCUCCCACAAAGUAAAGUAUCUCCCUCCCUCUUCCUCUACGGCAAGCAAAGAAGACCAUAAAUCAGUUGCGAAAUUAAAACCCCAAUUAUAGGGAUCCUAGUGUUGGAGGAAUGAACGGUGGCUUGUGAAAAUUCAAUCAUCCAUCAUAAUUCUCUUAUUUCCCCAGCUGGGUAUUUAUAAGAACUAUAAACUAAUCCGGAAGUUCAAAGGAAAACGAAGCACUAAAAGAUUGAUUGACCAACCUGGCUCAAGUCGAAACCUUGUGCUGUUCGCUGGAGACAGAGGCCCGCGAACACGAUUGAUUCUUUCGCCUCUGUUCUACCAAAAAUGUAGGACAGUAGGAGGAAACAGUGACGGAUUUAAAUCAGGGCUUGACCUCGGAGAUGGGGUUGACGACGGACAAGUCGCCGGACUGAUUUUGGCCAGACCGCCGUAGGAGAUCGAGGAAUGGUGCUUUGGCUCGUUAGAUCGUCUACCCGCUGUUCCCCUGUUUCUGGUUCUUUCGAAAAAAUAAAACUAAUAUCAAAUUUUUUUUUUAAUGACACAAUGAACGUUGGAUGGAGAAGGUUUUUCCGUUAGUUUUGGGUUAGUGGUUAGUACUCAUGGGCCAGCCGGCCAGGAUUGGGUAAAUGAAUCCAGUCACUGCCACAUCAGCACCAUGUGGCCCAAUCAGAAACGGCGUCACCGGUGCCGCACUUUUUAGUGCGGCACUGUAGUAUUGGCCUUACUAUAUUGGAAAGAACACGGCCGGACCUCCGCUACGGCAAAGGCUCGUGAGCACGCUGACGAUCGGCUUAAGCUUGAAAGUUCUCUUGAAUUAAUCCGCCAUCACCCAGCCAGUAUUAAUAAAGCGAAGGUAUUUUAUAUACUUCCACUGAUAAAAAGACAAAAAAGAAAAGAAAACAAACAAACAAACACUAACUACCUACCACUGGACUCCCAUGAUUCACCCUCUCCUCCUUUUGCUAGUUAGCUCUAUAUAUAUAUAUAUGGUGACUUCUACGGUUCUCAGGGCAAAAUCCGGGUACGGGUACCUUGGCCGAUCUUAACCAUUCGUUUUCAAUCUCCACGGCUCACGUUUGUUAAACCUUCCUGCGCACUAAAUAACUAAACAAAUUACAAAAAGGCUCUUGCCGCGUUAAGUUUUUUUUCAUCCUUGUCCAACUAACUGACCCGAUUAAAUUAAAUUGAUUAAGACUGCAAACCCAAUUGGGUAGACCCACUGCCGCCCUAACCAAUUUCCAGUCUCCCUAACCAAUUACACGAUCCCUCUCUCGUCUUGGAGGGACACCCCUUCACAGUUCCAAGAGACGCUCCCCAUCCAAUUUGAACUCCCCAACUUAAUCAUCUUUUUGAAUCCCAAUUACUUGCAUCCACAUUUGACGUAGCUUGAAUUUCCCAAUUUAUUUUGUCUUGUUUCUUCUUCACCAUUUUAUUUCCCCUCGCCUAUCUCUUUCUAACACGAUUACGGAGACCGUGUCUAUUAUUUUGUUCAUCGAACUUUUCAUUUGCAAAAGAACCCUUGAAAGAGGUUUGCUAACCCUAGGGUUCAUGUCGCUAGUGCUUUGUCAUCUUGUCUUAGCGUUAUUGUGAUUUUCUCGAACCUUAUAUCUCUCGGUGAAAUUUAGGUUUCGUGAUAUGUAGUGUUCGUCUCGCCCAGAGGAUUGAGGAAGAAGAUGAAGAACACAUAAUUUGAUUCGAAUCGGAUGGAGAGGUCUCCUUAGUUUGUGUUUAUGUAUUAACGGUGCGUUUAGGAGUAAUUCUAGUUGGACUAGGUCUGAUCACUGAUUUUUGCAGGCUUUUAAAUAAGAUUCAAACGUGGGCUUGUACAUGACCCAUGCAAUAUUCAAAAGUGGGCCUGGAACGUGCGAGCCCAUUUGUUUUCUCCUGCAGUAUCAAUUCGUGCGCCAACCCUAGUUUAACUAGCUUUACUUACCCUAGUUUAAGCUACACGAGUUAACAUCAUCAUUACUACAUAUCUUCCGAAAUCUUCUAACUCUUGACAUUCCAGACUCAACCGUCUCCAUCACACUCACGUCCCACACUCAACCCCCACGAUCACUUUUUCUUACACCUACAUUCUCUCUUUCCUUCAUCUUCACCUUCCCUUGUUCCUUCUUCCUCUGACUCCAUGGCAAACAAAGGUAAAUCUUUUGCGGAAAUGGGGAUACUAUCUCUUUCAAACGAUGACUGCCGAUCCACCCCAAGUCUCGGGGACUAUCUUUCAUUCACAAGCAAGACAUCAAUUGUGGCCGAGUACGAGUUCAUCCACCUGAGUCCUUUCCCUGCAGAAGUGAAGAAGUUAAUUAAAAAUCUUGGCUGGGAAAAGUUCAUUGAUCUCCGGAGUCGAGGAAGCACCAGUUACUGCCCGCAUGUGGUGAGGAAGUUCUACCACAAUUUAGAGUUGUCUGGUCCCUGCGAUUCUCAUCUCGUGUCGAUCUUCCUGGGUUAUAGAGUCUGCUUCCAGCCUCAUCAGUUUGCUGAGAUCCUCGAUCUCCCCGCCGCAGGACACCCCAUUGAUAACAGAAGCGAUCUUGGGAGGCUGUACGAUUUUGAGUUUGAAGUUGAACUGGAGAAACUGACGAAGGGGCGCAUCCAGGCUUCUUUCCUCCCAGAUCCUCUUCGAUUCCUCCACUGGAUGAUCGUCAACUGCUUCAUGCCAAGGUACCGUGGUCAUUCGAUUAUUCGUAAACUUGACCUGUUUAUCCUUGUGCAAGCUCAAAGAGGUGUUCCUGUUAACCUCGCAUCUCUCAUGUGCCUGAACAUGGUUGAGGCUGCUCCUAGAGGGGGAAACUGGUACACUGCCUUUCCAUAUGCCACCUUCUUGACCACCUUUCUUGAAAGGGUUGGGAUGGAUAUGGGGGUUUAUGCUAAGGAGGACCAGUGCGCCUAUUUGCCAGUCUACCGUAUCGUCGAAUUGACCAAUACUUUUAUUGAUCUUCGGCAUACGGAGCAUGAAGAGACCCCUGAGGCAUCCUCAAGCAAACGUCCUCGGCUUACAUGAGAGUCGAUUGAUGCAGGGCGGGGUGGAGCGUUGGAGCAGCAAAGGGGCCAGCAUUGGAUGUCUUUUGUUAAUAAGUUUACUCAGGCUUU